CCAUGGCGGUCUUUCACGACGAAGUGGAGAUCGAGGACUUCCAAUAUGACGAGGACUUGGAAACGUAUUUCUACCCCUGCCCGUGUGGGGAUAACUUCUCCAUCACCAAGGAAGAUUUGGAGAAUGGGGAAGACGUGGCAACGUGUCCUAGCUGCUCUCUCAUUAUAAAAGUGAUUUAUGACAAAGAUCAGUUUAUGUGUGGAGAAACAGUUGCAGCCCCUUCAAUCAACAAAGAAUUAGUUAAGUGCUGAAGAAGCCUUCAGGAAUCCAAAUCCCAACAGUUGGGAAUGAACCAAAUUGGAAAUAUCAAAUACAAAGUUACUGGCUUCUUCACGGGGACAACCGUUUUGUGGUUUACUGUUCCAUUAGGGUGUGGAUUCUUUUUAUCAACUGUUGAGUUCAUCUUCAAAUAAAGAAGCAAGUCC